AAGGUUCUUCACUGUUCCUUAAGUAGUAGACUUCUCGAUAAACUUUAUCUGUUGUAGCCAGAAUGUAAGUGUACCUGUCACUUUGAAGAAGAAGGGGGAAAAAAAGCCUCUGCCGAUCAGGAGUACGAGCCAGGAGAAGUCGGUGCUUGUUUUUCUGUCUUUAUCUUUGUAAACAUGUCGUCUGAAGGAAAGCCGUUCGCAGCUCCAGCAACAACCAUUACUAUGGAUAACUCAUCUCAAAUUCCACAAACAGCUCAGAAUCCUGCUUCAGAACCCCUAAAUUUGACAGCUCCGCCAUAUGCAGCUCAAGAUGGAAACUACCAGUAUCAAGCAGCAGGCUGGAAUCCAGCGGUUUUCCCCCCACCACCACCAUACAAUGAAACGGGAAUGCAGACACAACCCGUUAUUGUUCCUCAAAUCAUUUUCAAGACUGACUUGACAGAUAGCCCAGGACUGGCUGUGUGCCCUGCCUGCAACCUGCCAUGCACAACAACCAUUGAACACAAAUCUGGCUGCUUAACUACCCUCUUAUGCUGCCUUUUGUUUUUCUUUGGAUGUGUGUUAGGUUGCUUCCUAAUACCUUGCUGUAUCAAAAGUUGCAAAGACGUGAACCAUUACUGUCCCAACUGUAAAAACCUCAUCUACAAAUACAAGCGUUUAUAGGCAUUAAAGUAGCCAGAUGUAAAUGAAAUAAAUAAAUACAACAUGAUAUCAUUGCUUAAGAAUGCAUGUAAUAAAGUGUAACAUUUAAUGGAAUACCUCUAUAAUUUGAGGGACCCUCUUUCAAUUGAAGGACCUAUAAGAUGCCCUACUAAUUACUGACUUGGGUGAAGGAAAAGCAAGGCUUCCAGUUACUCAGGUAUUUCUUAAAUUAUGAGAACCUGUCACAGUGUUCAACCUGCAGUUAUCAUGCACAAUGGGGGUAGUGUCUGAAGUAUUAAAGUGUUUAUCUGGGCUUUAAGGGGAUAUCGAGGGCUUUAAGGGGAUAUCGAGGAAUAGAAAAACAGAGCUAACUCAUUCCAAAAACAGAACCACACCUGUCCUUGGGGUGUGUGUUGUAUUACAACUCAGUUUCAUUAAUUUUAUUGGAACUGAGCUGCAAUACCACACACAACCUGAGGACAGUUGUGGUGCUGUUUUUUGGAGAAAAUCUGCUCUGUUUUUCUAAUCCUGGGUCUGACUCCCAGCACCCAUGUGGAUCAUCUGUUUGAAGUGUCCCCAGCAUUCAUACGAGUGCCACAGCCUCUUUAAGGUUUACAUAUGCUCAGAAAAUCCAUCACCAUGCUUUAAGUAGCAGCAAUGCAAGGUACUGCAGCGUUGUCCCAUUCAAGAGAACAAAACAAAUCCUAGGUUAUGUGAAGUGUAACGCCUGAUGGGCAUGUGCAUAUCACAGGGGUUGUUCGGUUAUCUUGUAAAUCCCAGUGCCAUGCACUAUACUUAGGCCCUGGACUAGGCACAAUUUAGCAUACUAGUCUUGUCUGGACUAUGACACUGACUCUCUCCUUUUAGAGUCCCUAUUAGUGUUGAGCGGCAUAGGCCAUAUUUGAAUUUGCGAUAUUUCGCAAAUAUAUGGACGAAUAUUCGUCAUAUAUUCGCUAAAUUCGCAUAUUCGUAAUAUUCCCGUUUUAUUUUCGCAUAUACGAAAAUUCCCGUAUGCGAAAAUUAGCAUAUGCGAAAAUUAGCAUAUACAAAAAUUUGCAUAUGCGAAAAUUUGCACGCCAGUCUCACACAGUAGUAUUAGAGCCUUCUUUACACCACACAAGCUGGAAGCAGAGAGGGGUGAUCACUGUGAUGUGUACUGUGGAAAAAAAAAACGAAUAUUCGUAAUUACGAAUAUAUAGUGCUAUAUUCGCGAAUUCGCGAAUAUGCGAUAUUCGUGAAUAAAAUUCGCAUUGCGAAUAUUCGCGAGCAACACUAGUCCCUAUAUUAUCAUUGAUCAACAGAUCUUUAUGAAUAUAUUAACUACAUUGUCGAUUCUUAACUUCAUUAUCGAAUACUACAUCAUUAACUUUAACAAUAGCAUUUAAGAUUCUAUAUUCACCUAAACUUUUAUGUAUAUAUUACUAUAUAUAUGAGUAUUGUUAUUCAUGAAAAGGGGAGCAUGAGCCGGGUGUUUUCCUGUCUGAUCAUCUGAAAUGAUGGGUGGUAUGCUUCCGAGUGAUGCUAAGAAAAUAGAAAUAAGUCAUUUCUGAAUAAAUAAAUACAUAUAUAUUAUUUUUUACUGUAUUAGGGUGUUUGUAAUUAACUUUAAAUGACGCUGUAACUUCAAAAAAUUAACAUAAGCAAAACUAAUAUGUACUGUACCUAAAAUGUCUGUUUUAGUAAAUACAUUCUCCAUAAAAAAUAAUAAUUGACACCAUUCAAACAUUUCCAGGAGAACUAACAAGUAAUGACAUAAGACAAAUGGUUAUAUCAUAGGGAAAACAAGUAACAUAUGUCAUGAACUCUGUAAAGGAAAUGUAUUGUGUAUAUAAAUCUUUUAGAAUUAUUAAAAACACAUAAUAAACAUUAUUUUCAAAUCUAUUUUUACCUGCAUAUUGUAGAUUUUAUUUUUAUUCUUUCUACUGUACAUGAUUAUUGUGGCAUUCGUUUUACCUCAGUAGCUGUUCUGUUUACAGCAGUUCAGAUAUAUGCUUUAUGGCAAAUAAAAGGACCAUAUGA